AUGCGCCUGCGAAGUAUGGCCAAGUCGCCUUCCGCUUUCGAUGUACUGGGGUGAGCUGUUCCAAGGACGCGGCGAAAGCGCCGGACCGCUUCCUCGAGGAGUCUCUCGGCAAAUAUUAAUUCGUCUCGCGAGGCAGCAGCGAACGCCAGGACUGCAUACGCAUAACUGUGUGGCGGAGCAGGCGAAGAUUUUAGUCGCGGAGGCCGAGGAGAACAAUAAACGAAUAGAUUCAGCGUGGUUGCGGUGGCGCAAAUGCAGUCUAUGCGGCCAGAAUUACCACGGCGUCGUGGCGUGCGCGCUCGGGUGGGCGUGCUGGAAGACUUAUGUGGACCGGUCGGAGACGGACGAGGCUCGAAAAAUGGCAAUAAACGUGCUUGGGAACGGAUUAUAUGAGGCUAGACAUUACGAGGAGUCGUUGUCCGUGAAAGAGGCUGAGCUUUCUAUGCGUCGGCGAGUUGGCGCAUCAAAACAAAACAUGCUCGGCAUGCAGAACAACCUCGCGGGCGUGUAUCGAAUGCUUGGACGUGACGAACACGCCACACGGAUGCUGCGAGAUAUAUACUCCGGACGUUUGAAGCUCCAUGGCGAAGAACAUAAAGAGACCUUCGGAGCGGCCCUCAACUACGCGUCGUCCCUUGUCAAACUACUGCGCUUCGAAGAAGCCAAGUCAUUGUUGCGCAGAACGAUGCCCGUGACGCGACGUGUUCUCGGAGAUACUGUUCAAAUCACGCUCAAAAUGAGGUUGUGUUAUGCGUUCGCGCUCUACAAGGCCGACAGCGCCACGCUCGGCGAUCUCCGCGAGGCCUUGGCGACGCAAGAGGACACCGAACGGAUUGCGAGGCGCGUGUACGGUGGCGCGCACCCGAUGACGACGGUAGCUGAGCGCGAUCUACGAAACUUGCGAGCCGCGCUCCGCGCCCGCGAAACGUCGGGGAUUGCGUAAAACACAAACACUUAC